CCCCCUCCCCCCUCUCCUCAGAGCCGAGGAAGGGAGUGAGGGAGAGUAGAGCGGGCGGCCUCGCCUCGCCUUCCCAGUCGGCGCGCUCCGAACCGUCCCGAACCGCCGGCCAUGAGGCUCGCUCGACGGCGCGGGACUGCGGCUUUGCUGCCCCGGCGGAGCGGCCGUUGAGGCCUCGUGGCCUCGCCUUUGCGCGGCCCAAGCGGGAGCCCCUUCCUCACACAGCCGACGCCGCCGACGCCAUGUUGGGCCGGGAUCCGCAGCGGGGCCGCUCCUGAGUCCAGUCCAGUCGGAGGAAGAAGAAGACGAGGACGAGGAGGACGAAGAAGCAGCAGCGAGGCGUCCGGCGCCAUGGCGGAGCAGACCUACUCCUGGGCUUACUCCCUUGUGGAUUCUAGUCAAGUGUCUACGUUCCUCAUUUCCAUUCUCCUCAUAGUAUAUGGCAGCUUCAGGUCCCUCAAUAUGGACUUUGAGAACCAAGACAAAGAAAAGGACAGCAGCAACUCAGCUGGGCCCUUCAAUGGCAACAGCACCAACAAUAGUAUCCAGACAAUUGACUCCACACAGGCGCUGUUCCUUCCCAUUGGGGCCUCGGUGUCUCUCUUAGUCAUGUUCUUCUUCUUCGACUCGGUUCAGGUUGUCUUCACAAUAUGCACAGCAGUCCUUGCAACAAUUGCCUUUGCAUUCCUGCUGCUCCCAAUGUGCCAGUAUUUAACACGCCCCUGUUCACCUCAAAACAAGAUCUCUUUUGGCUGCUGCGGACGUUUCACUGCUGCUGAGCUGCUCUCCUUCUCUCUGUCCGUCAUGCUGGUCCUGAUCUGGGUCUUAACUGGGCAUUGGCUCCUCAUGGAUGCUCUGGCCAUGGGCCUCUGCGUCGCCAUGAUCGCUUUUGUCCGGCUUCCGAGCCUCAAGGUUUCGUGCCUGCUGCUCUCGGGCCUCUUAAUUUAUGACGUCUUCUGGGUGUUCUUUUCUGCCUACAUCUUCAACAGCAACGUUAUGGUGAAAGUGGCCACGCAACCCGCUGACAACCCCUUAGACGUUUUAUCCCGGAAGCUUCACCUUGGACCAAACGUUGGCCGAGAUGUUCCCCGCUUGUCGCUGCCAGGCAAACUUGUAUUUCCAAGUUCCACAGGCAGCCAUUUCUCCAUGCUGGGCAUUGGCGACAUUGUGAUGCCCGGCCUCUUGCUCUGCUUUGUCCUACGUUACGACAAUUACAAGAAGCAAGCCAACAGCGAGGCCUGUGGUGCACAAGGGCCGGGGAACAUCUCUGGCCGCAUGCAGAAAGUCUCCUAUUUCCACUGCACUCUCAUUGGAUACUUUGUAGGGCUUUUAACAGCGACCGUUGCGUCUCGCAUUCACCGGGCGGCUCAGCCGGCACUGCUCUACUUGGUACCCUUCACCUUAUUGCCACUCCUCACUAUGGCCUAUUUAAAGGGCGAUCUGCGUCGCAUGUGGUCUGAACCAUUCCACUCCAAGUCCAGCAGCUCCCGCUUCUUAGAGGUAUGAUGGCACAGACGGAAAGCGACCGGAACUUCGGCCUGGUCCCUUUUUAAAAAAACAAAAACAAAUGGCUCACAGCUUGGUUGUCCGUCCCUGAAGCUGGGCUGGUACUGGGGAGAAUAACCCAAUGGUGGAAAAAUGUACAAAUGGAUUUUUUCUGCAUCCAAAGGAGGCGAGCGCAAAGGUUUGUGGGGUGGGGUGGCCCUCCCUCCCCGCUGGCCCUCCCUCCCUCCCUCCUUGUGUACUUAGAGACAGUGGGCCGGGCUGGCCGCUCUUCUUCCCUUUGUCCUUCCUCUCCUCCUGUUUACGGAGGUGUUUCUGGGGAGAGGAGGGGACAGACUCGCCGCGGAGGACCUUGUGGACACUACAAGAAGACAUCAUGGCCGCCGCGCUGGGAAAUUCUCAGAAAAAGCCCUGCAAGUACUUUGGAACUGUUCUGUUUCUUUUUGUUUUUUCUCCUCUUGGACUCUGGGUUCAGAGCACCGAGACAGAAGCUCUUCUGUCGCUAUAAUCUUUCUUUUUUGUUUUUGACUUUAUUAACUCUUUUUUUCCCUGUGGUGUGAGGUGACUUAUUAAAUCCACAGACAUGGAGUAACUUCUGGCAGUAUACCGUAUUGAGGCUCCGUUGUAACCAGUGCCCUCACCACACCCGGCGUUGUGUUGCAGCGGACGAGGGCACGACUUUUGUACACACACACGGACACGGACGACACGCACCCACGCACACGCACACCCAUACACACAUGCACAUACAGAGAUGUGAGAUAUAUAUCUAUAUAUAUCUGUGUGUGUAUAUAUAUAAAUAUAUAUAUAGAUAGAUAUCUGUGAACGGAUAACUGCAAAGGAAAACCCUGCUAGGAUCAUGCUUUGUAGCUCACAGGGGCUUGCUGUAAUUUUUAGCAUGUAGAGCAGUUUACUCUGGCUUUUCUUGUAUAUGGAUCGGCAACUCUCCUGCUGUCUCUUUCCCCGACCCACCAGUGACGCUUCAGUUCUUUUUUAAAAACAAGUGUAGUCUUUUGUACUGAGUGUACUCCUGGAUUUUAGGGGAUUCUUUGCUUUCCAAUCAAUGUAGCAGAAACCUUGGGGAGGGACACAGCUGACGCCCUUCGCCCCUUUUUCGCUCUUGACGGUUUUCUUUUCACAGCCCCUCCAUGACCGGAUUUUAGUAGCGCCCUCCUCGACCCCGGUGCAUGUAUUAUAGCAGCCGUUGUCUUUGUGUGUUCGGAUCAUAGUAAUGUAUGACUUGUAAAUACAUUUUUUCUAUUUUCUAUUUUUUUGUAAUUUUUUUGGCAUUGUUUCAUUAGUGUGCUGUAUUUUUCUCCCCCCUCCCCGCCCCCCAUUCACCGACGUUAAAAAGAGAGCAAGACGAGUGAGCAAGCGAGAACACUGUCCUCCGCUGUUGUGAUUGGUCAAAGUUUAUGAUGACUGCUUUGUACCUCUUAAAAAACGUGGACUUUUCUAAA